AUGUCCGAAGCAUUCGAAAAGGGCGCCACAACCGGCACAAAGACAUACAAUGAAGAGACUUCGGUGCCUGAGCAUGCCAGUAGCGCUGACGUGACCAAACCGAGCGACAAAUCCGCCCUCGACGCCCGAGGCAGCAUCGGCAAACAAUUCACCACGGACGGCGUCCUGGGAGGAUUAGCUCAGAAGAUCGGCGGCCCGCUGGACAAGGACGGUACUGUAGGCAAACAGUUCACCGAGGGCGGCAUACUGGGUGGGACGGCGCAGAAAUUUGCCGAUGCGAAUCAGAAGUCGUGA